AUAUUGCUGUCAACAGUGGAAAAAGAGAACAUUUCACCAAUCUUUGGAAGCCCAGGACAAAAGCAGUAAAGCAAGUUUAUUAACAAAUUAUUUUCAUGAAAUAUGAAAUCACAAAUGAAAAGGAAAGGCUGUUAGUUCAAUGCUUUUAUACAACAAAGAGUGACCCUUUAAACCACAAUAAUACUAACUUUCAUAAUAAGUAUAAUUUUAUCAGAAGUUCUUAGAAAAUGAAAGGAAUCAAUGUCAUUUUUUUUUCAAAGUAAUGCCAGGAUACGAUAAAUAAACUAAUGUUUAGACAUAAUGUAACAGAAACCUUAUAAAAGAAGAACUAAUAGAUUUCUCUCUGACAGUUGAGUUAUUGUUACAUUGAAAUAAUGGAAGAACAUAGAGAAGAAGGGGUAAAAGAUUUUGUUAUGUGUGAGACAGCAGUUAAUGAUAGAUUGGAAGAGCAUACAGAAGAAAGGGAACAGCAAUUUGUCCCAUGUGAAAUAUCAACUAAUGAUAAAUUGGAAGAACAUACAGUAGAAAGGGAACAGCAAUUUGUUCCAUGUGAAAUAUCAGUUAAUGAUAGAUUGGAAGAGCAUACAGAAGAAAGGGAACAGGAAUUUGUUCCAUGUGAAAUAUCAACUAAUGAUAGCGAUGUUAGUAAGAAAUUAUGUGGCAAAAGUCGGCGGACAGGAGAAAAGAAUAAGUGUAGAAUAUGUAAUAGAACAUUCAGUUUUAAAGGUCUUUUAAAGCAGCAUAUGGGUCUGCAUACAGGUGAGAAAAAUUUUAAAUGCAACAUCUGUGGAAAAGAAUUUAUUUGGAAAAGUUGUCUUUGGGGUCACAUGAAUACUCAUGUAAGUGAAAGGAAUUAUAAAUGUGAAAUAUGUGAAAAAACAUUUGCUUCAAAAAGUAAUCUGAGAAAACACAUGAAAGUACACAAUAAAGAUAAAGACUAUCGGUGCACUGUGUGUGAUUAUAUGUCAAAUCAAAGCAGAAAUUUGAGAAAACAUAUGACAAUACAUACAAGAACACAUACAGACAAUGUAAAGAAGUUUACCUGUGAUAUUUGUAAAAAUGUAUUUGCUCACAGAAAAUCUUUGUCUGUUCAUUUGAAAACGCAUACUGAAGAAAAGAAAUACGAGUGUACGCAUUGUGAGAAAAAGUUUGCUUUGAAAGAUUAUCUUACAAGACAUAUGAAGCGGCACAUUGGUGGAAAGAAAAAUAAAUGCAGAUUUUGUGAAAAGGAAUUUUCACGAAGAAUUUGUUUAUCUAAACAUAUGAAAGAACAUCCAGGUGUUUACUUAUAUAAAUGUCAUGUAUGUGAAAGAGAAUAUAAUUGGGCUGAGAGUCUGUCUGAGCAUAUGAGAAUACACACCGGUGAGAUUUACAAAUGCGAUAUCUGUGAACAAACUUUUUCAACAAGAAGAGCUGUCUUAGCGCAUUACAGUGCGAAACACACAAGUGAGAAGAGAUUUAAGUGUGGAAUGUGCGAGAAAACAUUCUCAUUACAAAAAUAUCUUGUAAGACAUAUUGCAGUGCACAAAGAUGACAAAAGCUGGCGGUGUUUUACCUGUGGACAACCUUUUAAAGACGAGCGUAGGCUUGCUGAACAUGUGAAAGUACAUACUGCUGAGAGAAACUUUCAGUGUUUUAUAUGUAAGAAAUCUUUUGCUUUUAGUAAACAUCUUUCUCAACACAUAAAGGGGCACAAGCGUAAGAAUAAAGCUCACAGUGAUGGGGAGAACUUUCAAUGUUUUCUAUGUCAACAAGUGUUUGCAACAAGUAUUGGUCUGACUCAACAUAUGAAGGUACACAGUGAUGAGAUGAAAACACACAGUGAUGAGAAGACGAUACAAUGUCUUAUAUGUGAACAAUCAUUUGCUUUAAGUACAGACCUUUCUCAACAUAUGAAGCUCCACAUUGGAGAGAUGAAGAAUUUUCACUGCUUUAUUGAUGAACAGUCAUUUGCUUUAAGUACAGAUCUUUCUGAACUUAUGAAAGUGCAAACCGAUAAGAUUACAGCACAAGUUGACGAGAUGAAAGCAGGCACUGAUGGGGAAGAUGCACAAAUUGUUGACGUGAAACCUGAUGUUGGUGAGGAAGAUGCAAACAUUGUUGACAUGCAACCUGAUACUGAUGAUGAAGAUGCAAACAUUGUUGACAUGAAACCUGAUACUGAUGAUGAGGAUGCAAACAUUGUUGAGAUGAAACCUGAUAUUGACGUGGAAGAUGCAAACAGUAUUGACAUGAAACCUGAUAUUGAUGAUGAAGAUGCAAACAGUAUUGACAUGAAACCUAAUAUUGGUGAGGAAGAUGCAAACAUUGUUGACAUGAAACCUGAUAUUGGUGAGGAAGAUGUAAACAUUAUUGACAUGAAACCUGAUAUUGGUGAGAAAGAUGCACACAUUGUUGACAUUAAACCUGAUACUUAUGAGGGAUAUUCAAAUAUUGUAGACAUGAAACCUGAUACUGAUGAGGAAGAUGCAAACAUUGUUGACAUGAAACCUGAUACUGGUGAGGAAGAUGCAAACAUUGUUGACAUGAAACCUGAUACUGAUGUGGAAGAUGCAAACAUUGUAGACAUGAAACCUGAUACUGAUGAUGAAGAUGAAAACAUUAUUGACAUGAAACCUGAUACUGGUGAGGAAGAUGCAAACAUUGUUGACAUUAAACCUGAUAUUGGUGAGGAAGAUACACAUAUUGUUGAGAAGAACUUUAAGUUUGGUACAUUUAAAGAAGCUUGGAAAAGUAUCCUUCCUGAUCAGCUGAGAAUAAAGACUGGUUAACCUAACUUUUUACAUUUUCUCAGAAAUAUAACAAAACAGAGAGUGCUUGCAUGAAAAAAGUGAUUUGAUUGAUUGACUUGUAGAAAUUUUGGUGAAUGAGUCACCGACUGGUGAGAUUCAGAUCCUAGUGAGAGCCCUGUUUGGAUUACCAAUAAGAUAUUUGAAUGAGUAUUUAUAUCUGAUAUAAAAAAGUUAUCUCUCCAAUCAACACAUGACAAUAUAUACAGCUGAAAACGGAUAAAUGAUAGAACUUGUGAUCUUUUUCAUUAUAGAUUCUAAGAUAUGAAGUACAACCUCAGUUAAGUUUGAUCAACACUCUUUAGAAGAAAAUAAAUUUGGUUAUUGUUAUAUAUACAUGUAUGUGAAAUUUUAGAAUUAAUACUGUUGUUAGUUAUAGAAGACCACUCUUGUGAGGUUUCUCUGCAGCUGUUAUUGUUGUUGUAGUCCUUUCUCUGCCUGGAAUAUAACAUCUCGUUAUUUUGCAAAAAGAUGGGUACACCAGUCAUAGUGAUAUGAUGUGAUUAAAUGAUUUUGUGAUAUUUUUUAUUUGUAAUUGCUUGAAAAGACCAGCAUGAUAGUCUGUAUUCUAAUGUGUAUUGCUGGAUUAAAAACUGGUGUGCCUUCAAGGAGAUUGUUGUUUUAUGAUACUAUAUUUUUGGAAAGAAAUCAUUACAGUCUAGUGUUUUGCUUAAAGGGACACCACUUGGAUUUUUUUGACAUGACAGGAAUGAAAAUAAUUGUUAUUGAGAUUUAUGCUCCAUUUUAUAGAGGUCUACACUAAUAUCUUGUGUACAAAAUUUCAUAUCAUUUGCUCAUGCCAUUUUUCCAGAAUGAUAAUUAUAAUUGUGAAAAAUGACCCAAAAUUGAAAAUUGAACAGUUAAAGUGGUAUUUAAUGGGUUAGAGUCAAGUAUAAAGUUUACAGGUACAUAAUUGUGUUACAUGUUACAUUUUUCUUAAUUGUUUUCACUUUUAGCUCUAUUGUUUUCGAAGAAAAACAAAAGAUGGUUACAGUCAUAUUAGCGUUACCAUCAAAACAGACAUGUUGAAUAAUUUUAAAUAUGACCUUCACCUUGAAAUGACCUUGACUGUCAAGGUCAGAUGAUAGAAUUUUGCUUUAUAGAUAUAUGUAUUUUUUUAACUUUGUCAUUUAUUUUUGGAAAUGUUUUAUACUUGAACAAAGCAAGAAAUGUGGCUAGACAGACCUACACAUGUAUUAAAAUUAAAAAAAAUGAUACUUUUAGAAAUUUUCUUUGAUCAGGUCAUGUGAAUUAUUGAUUUUCUUUUCAUAGUAAUAUUAAAAUAUGAAAUUUAUUAAAAGUUAUUUUUAGUUUUCAUUUAUACUUGGAUCUGCAUAAAUUGCCACUUUAAAACUUUAAGUAGAAUUAGAAGUUCAAUUUUUAUUUGUGUACACAAUUAUACUGUAAUUUUUCUUUAUUUUUUUAUAGUUUUUUUUAUGUUUGUAUAAUUAUGUUAUACUAGUAUUAUGCAAAUUUAUCCUACAAUGAAUGUACAUUAUGUAUUGUUAUAAUAUUUUAUCUUUCAAUGUAUAUGUAAAUAAAUAAGUCAUUGAAUAAGUAAAUUAAUACAUGUAAAUAAAUACAUACAAUCAAGUAAAUACAUAUAUAUCGUAAAUACAUGUUCAUUUUAAUAAAUGAAAACCUAAUAAAAUACCUCAGGCCUGUUAAUAAUAAUACAUGUCAAUAUUUGUUAAUGGAUGUAGAAAAAAUACAUACAUUGUAUAUAAUUUUCUCCUCUAAUAAAAUCUGAAGAAGA